AUGUCAUCUACAAUGGAUGCUGUCAUCAUCACCAAAUUUGGUGGCCCAGAGGCUCUGCAAACGCAAAAAGUGCCCAAGCCAAGCCCGGUCCGAGGCGAGGUUCUCAUCAAAGUAGAGGCCUUUGGACUCAACCACGCAGAGAUGCAUAUGCGCAGGGGCGAGUGGGAUGAGUGGAACGCCAUUUCUGGUCUAGAAUGCGUUGGUGUCGUGGAAGCUUGCCCCGGUGGCGAGUUCCCAGUCGGCAAAAAGGUCACAGGGAUCAUGGGCGGCAUGGGAAGAGAAAGACCUGGCAGCUAUGGUGACUUUGUCAAUGUGCCUGCGUCCAACGUGCUGCUCAUCGAGAGCUGUCUUCCCUGGGAGCAGCUGGCUGCCAUCCCCGAGGUCUAUGCGACUGCCUACUCUUGCAUUGCCACUGUUCUCGCAGUCAAAAAGGGCGAGUCUGUACUCAUUCGGGGCGCCACUUCAACGAUUGGUCAGGCCGCCGUCCACUUGGCCAUUGACAAGGGAGCCAAGGUCACUGGCACCACGAGACGACGUGAGCGUUUCGGGCUGCUCAAAGACAUGGGCGCCGUGGACGUCCAAGUCGAGCAGAAGGAGCUUGGGAUGCAGCUCGCCCCCAACACCAGGUUCGACAAGGUCCUCAAUCUAGUCGGAAACACGGUGCUUCUCGAGUCCAUCUCGCUGACCAAGGUCGGCGGCCGCAUGUUGCAGGCCGGCUGGCUGGGUGGUCUGGCCCCGGUUGCCGACUUCAACCCCAUGAUUCAAAUGUCGUCGGGAGUGCACUUCUCCUUGUUCCACAGCAAGGUUUUGGGAACGCCGGAUUUUCCCUUUUCUGGCAUCCCGCUCCAGGAGAUUGUGACCAAGAUUGAGAACAAGGCGUGGGACGCGAAGCCCGCCCAUGUGUUUACCAGAGCCGACAUCGUCAAGGCGCACGAAAUGUUGGACUCGCACGAUGCCGGCGGCAAGAUUGUCAUUAAAAGGACCGAAUAA